GCAGACGGGGCAGGCGAAUUUCUUGGCUCCGGUGUGGGUCUGGAGGUGCCGCUGAAGCUCGUCGGAGCGGGUGAAGCGUUUGCCGCAGAAGAGCCAGUUGCAGACGAAGGGUCGGUCCCCGCUGUGCCACCAUCCAGAGGCAGCAUGGCUGCGACUGCUGCCGUCAGCCCCAGUGAAUACCUGCAGCCGGCCGCCUCCAGCGCCCAGGACUCCCAACCUUCUCCUCUUGCCCUCCUCGCAGCGACAUGUAGCAAAAUCGGCCCCCCCGCAGCAGAAGCCGUCGUGACUCCUCCUGCCCCUCCUCAGCCAACGCCGCGCAAGCUCGUCCCCAUCAAACCCGCUCCGCUCCCGCUGGGCUCCAGUAAGAACAGCUUUGGGAUCCUGUCGUCGAAAGGGAACGUCUUCCAGAUCCAGGGCUCUCAGGUCAGCACCUCCUACCCCGGGGGGCAGCUGGUUUUUGCCAUCCAGAACCCAACUGUCAUCAACAAGGGGACCCGCUCGUCCACCACCAACAUCCAGUACCAGGCGGUGCCCCAGAUCCAGGCCACGGGGGGUCAGACCAUCCAGGUGCAGCCCAACCAGAUCCAGAUUAUUCCGGGCACGAAUCAAGCCAUCCUCACCUCUUCGUCUUCCUCUCACAAGCCCGUGCCCAUCAAACCAGCUCCGGUGCAGAAGGCUGGAGCUUCCCCAGCGCAGGGCACGAGCAGCGUGGUCAAGUUAAGCGGUGGCGGCAGCAACGUGACUCUCACCCUGCCCGUGAACAACCUGGUGAACGCUGCCGAGCCGGGUGCCCAGGCUCAGCUCGUGGCAGAAAGCACCUCAAAACCCAUCAAAAAGCCUCGGAAGAAAGCCAUGUCCCCCACCCAGCCCACCACCACGGUGGCCGUGGCCGAGCAGGUGGAGACCGUGUUGAUAGAGACCACGGCGGAGAACAUCAUCCAAGCGGGCAACAACCUGCUGAUCGUGCAGAGCCCCGGCUCCGGCCAGCCGGCCGUGGUGCAGCAGGUCCAAGUGGUGCAGCCCAAGCAGGAGCAGCAAGUGGUGCAGAUCCCUCAGCAGGCCCUGCGUGUGGUGCAGGCUGCCUCGGCCACGCUCCCCACCGUCCCCCAAAAACCCUCCCAGAACUUCCAGAUCCAGACGACGGAACCUGCUCCUACCCAGGUCUACUUCAAAACCCCAUCGGGUGAGCUGCAGACAGUGCUGCUCCAGGAAGCCCCGGCCAUCACCGUGGCUCCGUCUGGGACCUCUUGCAGCAGCCCCGUGUCCCGCAGCUCCGGCACGGGGGUUUCCAGCGGCGGCAGCAGCAGCAGCAGCAACAGCAGCAGCAGGAAAGCCGCCGUGCGCAAGGAGCGCACCCUGCCCAAGAUCGCUCCGGCCGGAGGCAUCAUCAGCCUGAGCGCGGCGCAGCUGGCGGCCGCGGCACAGGCCAUGCAGACCAUCAACAUCAACGGCGUGCAAGUGCAGGGUGUGCCUGUCACCAUCACCAACACCGGAGGCCAGCAGCAGCUCACUGUGCAGAACGUGUCCGGCAACAACCUGACCAUCAGCGGCCUGAGCCCGACCCAGAUCCAGCUCCAGAUGGAGCAAGCGCUGUCCGGAGAGGCUCAGCCCGGGGAGAAGAGGCGGCGGAUGGCGUGUACCUGCCCCAACUGCAAGGAUGGGGACAAGAAGCCGGGCGAUGCAGGGAAGAAGAAGCACAUCUGCCACAUCCCCGAGUGCGGCAGGACCUUCCGCAAGACCUCGCUGCUGCGCGCCCACGUGCGCCUGCACACGGGCGAGCGCCCCUUCGUCUGCAACUGGGUGUUCUGCGGGAAGCGCUUCACACGCAGCGACGAGCUGCAGCGGCACGCGCGCACGCACACAGGUGACAAGCGCUUCGAGUGCGCGCAGUGCCAGAAGCGCUUCAUGCGGAGCGACCACCUCACGAAGCACUAUAAAACCCACCUGGUCACCAAGAACUUGUAGGGCCAGGGGCUGCCCCACGGCCGAGCGGACAGAGCCCAGCCAGGGGGUCCCCACCCAGCAGUGCCACGGAGAGGAGCCCUCGGGGACAUCCUCCUGCCCUUGGCCGAUGGCACCACGCAGCAGCCGCUUCCAAAGGGGGCGAGGGGCCGAACCUCCCUGCGGAUCCCGGGAUCCAGCAGCAUUCCGGAGCCGGGUACGGAGGGGACUGCGCACGCCGGUGCGGGCGGGCUGGGAGAGGCUCCACAGCACAUUCCUACUUUAUAUUUAAAGUCUAUAAAUAGCUAUAAAUAUCUAUAUAACCCCUUUGGAAGGUCCCUUUUUUUCUAUGGAGAUCGUUGCCUUACGCUCCCCGCUCCCGAUGACGAGCACUGUGUUUUGUGAGCACUCUUUGGAAUCUAUUUAAUUUCUGCUGCCCGUUUUGCCCCCUUUUUCUCCUAACAUUGCCUUGUUUUCCCACACUGAAGGCUUGUUUUUCCUUUCCCUCCAAUGAUUUCGCUCUCCCCACUUCCCCUUUCCCAAGCGACGUGGCAUUUCCUCACCGAUUUCGGGACGCGAGUCCCUUUCCCUCCCCUGCUGCCCUCCACCCUGUGUAUAGUGUACAUUGUACCAUAGAUUCUAUUGCUUUUGUGUUUACUACGUGUUUCAAAAAGAAAAAAAACCAAUAUGGCUUGUUAUUUUGGAGCUUUUAAAUUAAACCAAAUCUGCUUUA